AUGGCUUCAACCGUGGAUAAUAAGACUCUGAUGAGUAAAUCGAAUCUGAUAGAGUCAGAUAACACUACAUUCAAAAAGAGGAAAUCAACGCCUCCAGUCCAAUCACAUUCAACUCAAACCAAAAGGAUAAAGACUGAAGAUCAACAUGCUCGAUUGUCAUAUAGUAUUUCUCCAGAGUAUAAUGCAAACCAACAUCCUAAUGAUGAAGAAUCCCCUGAAGAGAUAGCGAAACAAUACAAGAAGUUUAAGAAUGCCGCUAAGUUUGAUUUGAACUCAGAGGAAUUGUUUUGCAUAUGUCGAAAACCUGAUCGAGGAGAAUUAAUGGUGCAGUGUGAUGGAUGUGAAGAAUGGUAUCAUUUUAAAUGUAUGAAGUUAAAACAAGAGAAUUCAGAUUUAAUAGCCAAGUUUUAUUGCAAAUUCUGUAAAUGGCAAGAUAAAGGUAAUACUUUAUGGAAGAGGAAAUGUCGAGUUUCAUGGUGUAAGAAACCAAUACGAAAUGAUUCAAAAUAUUGUUCAGAUGAUCAUGGUAAAUUGUUCAUGAAUGAAUUAUUAGUGGAUAGAGUUUCUUUAGUUGAUAAUGAUUUAGAUGCUACUAAAGUUAAAAAGAUUAUGGAUCAUUCUGAUUAUAAUUACGAAGUGUUGAUUAAAUUAGGAUCUGAAUUUCCUGAAUUAAAACUGGUUAUAGAUUAUAGAGCUUCAAAUGGAGCAAAUUUAGAUGCAUUCCCUAUUCAUAUCAAACAAGAGUUACAUAAAAUCAAACAAAAGUUAACUAAGACUACUGAUCUCAUACGAGAUUUAGAAAAACGAGAAGAAUAUUUAUUAGAUAUCAAAGAGAAGAAUAAGCUAUUGAAUGAAAGACUCUUAAAAGCAAUAUUCCCUGAUACAAAGAUUGAAGAAUCAUCAUCCUCAUCAUCAAGUAAAAAGAAAAAGCAAUCCAAGAAUAAAAAGUUAGAUAUAUGUCUUUAUGAUAAAACUUUGAAUGAUGGAUGUCAAUCUUUCAUUGAUGAAAUAUCAUCUGAUGAUGAAAAAUUCAAUGCUUUAAAAUCAAUUAUAGAACAAAAAUUAAAUGAUUCAAUUGAUGAUGUAUGGUAUAUGGAUAAACUAUGUAUCCAAGAUCGAAGAAAAUGUCCUCGACAUAAUGGAUGGUGGAAUUUAUUAAAUGACGAAGUAACGAAGAAAUUAAUUGAAUGUAAUCAACUUUUAACUAAAUUAGAAGAACAAACGGAAAGUAUAUUAAGAUCUCAUAGUAUUGAUGUUUAUGAAAGUUAA